AUGGCCGCAUCCGCCCACCUCCUUCCGCAGACAACCCUCGACCGCACUCGCUUUGACGAGGCGGCGCGCGCGCUCAAGGUUUUCCCCAGCGCGAUGAACGUUGUCUCGCCGGCCAGCGGCCCCUUUGUCAUCUACACGUUCAUCGUCUCGUGCCCGACGACCAAGACGUGGUGGGUCGUCACGAAGCGGUACUCGGAAUUUCUCGCGCUUCGCCGCACGCUCGUAGCGCUUGCCAAGCGCGCGUGCGACGAUGUCCGCAUCGUUCUCCGUGCGGUGCACGCGCCGACAUUUCCCAAGAAACACCCGCUGACACCGAUCCACAACGCCGGCAAGAUCCUCGAACGCUUGACGCUCUUCAAGCAGUACACGGCGAUGCUUGUGUCCUUGCGCGAGGCCUGUGUGUUGCGCGCACUGCAGCUGGCGCCGUCGGCCGGAAAAGACAGCCUUCUCGAGCUCUACGACCUCGUGCAAGAUUUCCUGAGCAUCCCCGAGGCGCUGCGCCGCGACGAGCUUCGCCGCACGAUCGCCCUCGUGUCCCCCGAAUCGUCGUCGGUAACGGAGGAGGACACGGAAUGUGACUGUGAAGAGGCAUGUGCCAUCUGCCUCUGCGACUACGAGCAUGGCGUAACGAAGCUCCAAAUGCCGUGCAAGCACGUCUUCCACCAAGAGUGCGUAGUCCGGUGGCUCGAAAAGUCCGCGACCUGCCCGUUGUGCCGCCAAGACGCGACGCAAGGGUACCUGUUCUAAGCGGCCUUUCGUCGUCUUGAUUCUAUUCGUCCUAUUUACUAAACUGUUAAUUAUACUGAUUGGA